CAACUGCACCAGCCAACAUGGAUGGACCGGCCAGAAAUGCCAGCGUACACCUACGUACUACAACCCCUUAGACCACGAGUCCACGUUCUUCACUCCUAACGGCCACACAAUGGACGUAGGUGUCAGCGGCUCAGCUUUAAAGCUCGAGUCGCGCCGUAGCCAGUACGCCAACCUUGGGAACUUCGCAGGCACUUGCUUUGGCAGCACCCUCAACUGCGCCAGAGGCUUCAGUCUGGCCUUCUGGUUCAAACGUCCCGCCGGCGAUGUCCGCGCACAGUACUACAUCAACAGCGGCGGGCACGACUUCACUAGGACGCGAGGAUUCACGCUUACCAAGACCGUCGCGGAUCUAGACAACUGUCUCUACAACGUUGCCGUCAACGGCCGUCUGUUUCGCCACGAGGCAAAAGUCUAUCUUCCUCCAGACCUGUGGACGCACGUGGCCGUCACUUGGCUGGAGGAACGCGGCCUGGAAAUCGUCGUGAAUGGGAGUGUCCAGCAGGUGAUUGUCCUUGAGACCGAGAUCCCGCCCAUGGAGAAUGACCCUUACACCGACGUGUUCCUGUGUAGCGAUAACACCCAGCCAGGGAUGUCGUACACGGGGGAAGCCGUGUUCGACGAGCUGAAGUUCUGGGACUGGGUUCUGCCUGACGGACAGAUACAGCUGGCCAUGAUCCCAGGAUCAGAUAUAGAUGAGUGUGCCAGAAAACCAUGUCAACAUGGACGCUGUGUGAACCAAGAUGGCGGAUACAGCUGUACCUGCGAGCCUGGAUGGACUGGACAGAAUUGUUCGCAAGCCUCACAAUGUCAGAGUGGGUGGGACAGAUACAACAACUACUGCUACAAGUUGAUGGCAGACGAAGUCACUUGGCUUACAGCGAGGUCACGAUGUCAACAACACGGCGCAAUUCUUGCCUCUAUCAAGGACAGUGACGAGAACAACUUCAUUGCCAUUGCGGGUGUCAUCUCGACACAAAAUAAAACGUUCCGGUGGAUUCCGACCUUCUGGCUUGGUCUUCAUAAAGAAUCUGAACAAUGGAAGUGGACAGAUGGGUCACGUGUUGACUACACCAACUGGGCUCCGUGUGAGCCGAACAACAACAUGGUCUUCUCGGUUUGGCAGGGAGAGGAUUGUGGCACCAUGUACUACAAGGCUGAGCAGGGAAGUCACAUGACCCCCUACCCUGGUUCUAUUCCUUUUGGCUCCUGUGCCAUCUGA